GUUACUCCAGAAUGAAGAUUUUCACAUUGUGCUGCCGUAAAGCUCUGCUAAGCUUUGCAAUGACGUUCCUAAUUUGUGGAAAUACGGAGGCUAAGCAAAAGGAGUGGUGGGAAACGACAACAAUAUAUCAAGUGUACCCAAGAUCGUUUCAAGAUUCUGAUGGAGAUGGAGUAGGUGAUUUGAACGGUAUUUACGAGAAACUAGAUUACAUCAAAGACCUCGGAAUGGAAAUAAUUUGGAUUCAGCCUUUCUACAGAUCGCCAAUGGAUGAUUUGGGCUACGACGUGGCCAACUUCAAUGAAAUCGAUCCUAUGUUUGGCACAAUGGAAGACUUUAAGCGCCUUGUUGCGGGCAUCCACGAUAGAGGUAUGAAGGUAAUGUUGGACAUGACACCAAAUCACGUGAGUGACCAACACGAGUGGUUCAACCUGUCCGUUAACAAAGUAGAGCCCUACAAAGACUACUUUAUUUGGAGAGACUCAAAAGGAAUAGAUGAAAAAACGAAAAAGCAGAUCCCACCUAAUAACUGGCUGAGUGUUUUCGGUGGUUCAGGCUGGACAUGGAACGAGAAAAGACAACAGUUCUACUUCAGACAGUUUUCAGCGAAGCAACCAGAUUUAAAUGUUAGAAAUCCUAAAGUUCGACAGGCUCUAGACGACGUUUUCGUAUACUGGAUGGACCUCGGCGUGGACGGUUUUCGAGUUGACGCCAUCAGGCAUUUAAUUGAAUCCGACAAUUUCAUGGACGAACCAUAUGUAUCCAAAGAGCUCGAGGGGUCCAUAUUAUACGAUUCCAUGGAACACAUAUACACUCGAGAUCAAGAGGAUACGUACACCGUGGUACAUGAGUGGCGACAACUAAUGGACGAAUAUUCACAGAGGGACAACAAAACCAGGAUAAUGGUGACUGAGGCAUAUUGUGACGAGCCUGAAUUGGUGAAAUAUUUCGGGAACGACACCUACAAAAAGACCCACUUCCCAUUUUAUUUCGGAUUCGUCAAACUGACCCGCAGUUCUUCAGCUAAGGAACUCGACCAAAAGACCCAUGCAAUGAUCGACCUCAUGCCGCCUAAGAUUGGGGUAGCUAACUGGGUGCUGAGUAACCACGACAACUCACGUCUGGCGAGCCGGAUGAGUUCGGCGAUCGUGGACGCGAUGAACAUGUUCGAGCUGCUACUCCCGGGCGUGGCGAGCGUGUACUACGGCGACGAGAUCGGCAUGACCGACUCCAUCGUGCGCCAGGACCAGAGCAUAGACCCCCAGAACGCCGGCACCACCGACUUGUCCCUCAAACGGGACCCCGAGAGAGCACCCAUGCAGUGGGAUGACUCGAAUAAUGCAGGUUUCACAACGAACAAAACAGCGUGGCUUCCGCUGAGUCCAGAUUACUACUAUAGAAACGUUAAGAAACAAUUGGCAGACCCUAACAGCCAUUUGAACAUAUUCAAGAGGAUCAUGGGCCUGAGACAAUCAGCGGUAAUCCAAAACGGCCUACUUGAAACGUGCGUGCUUAGCGACUGGGUUUAUAUGUACACGAGAAAACUUGAUGGCGAACCAACUGUAGGAGUAAUCGUUAACUUGGGGUCUGAAUCAGAGCCAGCAUGCGCAAAGGACUGUGUUCAAUACUUUUACUUACCGGAUGUCAUGCAUGUCCACACGGGCAGCAUUAACUCAGGCUACAAACCAGG